AUGCAGGUCAUUUUCUUCAGCAACAAAUUCCCCGUGGAGAACCCCUGCGAGCUGUUCCGGCGUCUACGACAGCAAAGCAAGGCACCUCAACAUCUCGUCCUACGGCAACUGCUGGAUGAAACUACCGCAGCAAUUCGAGACGAAAUACGCCUGCUUCCCGCCGAUCUGCGCAGCCUGUUGCCCCCGUUUCAGUCAAUAUUGGACUUAGCAGAAGGGUAUGAUUGGCAGCGGUGUCCGCUGGCGGGGACAUUCGAAUGCGUGUUCCUGUGCCUGGCGAGUCUGGGACUAUGGAGCCACUGCAUUCAACCCGAGCUGCAAAUGCACGCAAAGCAAGCGGAUGCUAAGAGAUGCAGGGACUACGAGACCCGCCCGCAUGCAUUCCGGUUCAGCCGCGACGACGCCACCGUAACGGGCUUGGGGCUGGGCUUCCUCGCAGCAACAGCGAUUGUCGCAUCCCCUGCACUUACCGAUGUCCCCGCAGCAGCGGCGGAUGUCAUCCGGAUCGCCAUGCGCGCAGGCAUCGUGGUCUACCAGCGCGCGCAAGACCUCGAGCCGCAGAGCCUGGAUGCGCCGCUGCAGAGCUGGACGACGCUAGUCAAGGGGCUGGGCGAGGAGGCUGUGCAGCGGGAGCUGGAUGGCUUCAAUGCCACGGUACGGGCAUCAUUUCUUCUAACCCGGCAGACGAGACUGACUGUGCAGGAAACGCCCCGCGCAGGUCUGAGCCGUAUCUACAUCAGCGUCGUCGAACCCGACGGUGGCGUCUUCAUCAAUGGCCCGCCGAGCAGGAUGCGUCAGCUGUUUAGCAGCCCUGGCCCUCUCAAGUCGGCGCCCCGGGCCCCGCUCCCCGUGCAUGGCGGACCGUGCCAUGCAGCCCACUUGUAUGACCGCGCCGAUGUCUCGUGGGUUGUAGAACACGUGCGCCCGGAGGUUGGACGACGAGAGUGCGCGAGUGCGCCACGGCUGCUUUCCAUGGCGGAUGGGCAGCCGCUGCGCGCGCAGACGGGAUUCGAGCUCUUCGAAGAAGCGACCCACAUCCUACUGACUCAGAUUAUCCGGUGGGGAGAAGUGAUCGCUGCGCUGGAACUCAGUGAUGAAGAGAGAAACGGCUUGGUGGUCGAGAGCUGUGGACGCCCCGGGGUGAUUGAUGGACUGGUGCAGGCUUUACGCGGCGCCGCGGUGCACGAUCUGACGGCGUGGCUGGCCGAUGACCACGGAGGUGGCGAUGUCGCGGCAUCCAGCGACGGCAAGAUUGCAGUCGUGGGCAUGUCCUGCCGCCUCCCAGGCGCAGACGACCUGCAGCGCUUCUGGGAGCUUCUUGAGCAAGGGCGCGACCUGCACCAGCGCGUUCCCCCCGACCGCUACAAUGUCGAAACACACACCGAUUCCACUGGCACCCGCAUGAAUACCAGCCAGACCCCCUUUGGCUGCUUUAUCGACAGCCCCGGCCUCUUUGACACCGGCUUCUUCGACAUGUCCCCGCGCGAGGCGGGCCAGACAGACCCGACCCAUCGCCUGGCGCUCCUGACUGCGUACGAAGCGCUCGAACAGUCCGGCUAUGUCCCUGAGCGUACCUCAUCUACCACCAGGGCGACUGUGGGCACAAUCUACGGGCAGUGCUCGGAUGACUACCGCGAGGCGAAUGCCGGGCAGGAGAUCGACAUGUAUUUCAUCCCCGGCAACUACCGGGCCUUUGCGCCUGGCCGGAUUAGCUACUUCUUCAAGCUCGCUGGCCCCAGCUUCAGCUGCGACACGGCAUGCUCCGCCAGUCUGGCAGCCGUGCAGAUUGCCUGUGCAGUCCUCAGCCGGGGCGAAGCCAACAUGGUUGUUGCUGGAGGCUUGAAUGUGCUGACCAGCUCCGACAGUUUUGCCGGCCUAAGUCGGGCUCACUUCCUGUCCAAGACUGGCGGCUGCAAGGUCUUUGACGACGCGGCGGACGGCUACUGUCGAGGCGAUGGCGUCGCCUCGUUGGUGCUCAAGCGGCUGGCCGACGCGCAGAGCGACAAUGACAACAUCCUCGGCGUUAUUCUGGCCACCGCCACCAACCACUCCUCUGCAGCAGUGUCCAUCACACACCCUCAUGCUCCAACGCAGGAGGCGCUCUACCGAACAGUCCUGAGGCAGGCUGGGGUCUCUCCGCUGGAGGUCGACCUGGUUGAGAUGCACGGCACGGGCACGCAAGCAGGCGACGCCGCGGAGAUGGAGUCUGUGACCAACGUGUUCACUUCGCCCCGCCGCACCGAGCGACUGUAUAUUAGCUCCGUCAAGGCCAGCUUAGGGCACGGCGAGGCGGCGGCCGGGGUCACGUCGCUGAUCAAGGCGCUGCUGAUCUUCCAGCACAACGCCAUCCCUCGGCAUAUCGGGAUCAAGACAGCGCUGAACUCGCGAUUCCCCGACCUGCAGAAGCUGAAUGUUCAUAUCCCCGCAGAGACGGUCUCGUGGCCUGUUGGGACCGGCCGCAAGCGGUACGCCCUGGUCAACAACUUCAGUGCAGCGGGAGGAAACACAGCCCUGCUGCUGGAGGAGCCGCCUCAACGCCCCCCGCCGAGUGCGAACGCAUGUCCUGCGACCAGCUAUGUUGUUGCCGUCUCAGCAAAGCACCCGCUGUCGCUGAAGCGAAAUAUCGAGCGCCUGGUUGCCUUCCUUCGCCGACAUCCAACCACGCAUCUCGGCAGUCUAGCGUAUACCACGACUGCACGGCGCAUGCACCACGUACACCGCAUUGCAAUCCAGGGCUCUUCGAUUGCAGAAAUUAUCAAAGGACUGGAGUUAUCCUCUCAGCCCCAGGGCAUGGCACUAAGAAUGCCCUCGAUUGCCUUUGUCUUCUCCGGACAGGGCAUCUACUACGCUGGGAUCGGCCACGACCUCCUGGAAAACUGGCCCCCCUACGCAAGGGAAAUGCACCGCCUCGACGCCCUGUGCGUCCGCCACGGCUUCCCAUCCAUUCUCCCCGCGUUCCAUCCCACCCGCCCAGCCGGAGGCCGGCUUGCCAACAUCAGCAGCAGCCUUAAUCCUGAUCCCCUGAUGGCGCAGCUGGCAUCCGUCUGCGUGCAAAUGGCCCUUGUUUAUUUGUGGAAGAGCCUAGGGGUGACUCCGACGCUCGUCAUCGGCGCCAGUCUAGGCGAGUAUGCAGCCCUGCAUGCGGCGGGCGCUCUCUCUGCCAGCGACACAAUUUAUCUCGUCGGGCAGCGCGCAAAGCUCAUGAUGGAGCUCUGCACGCCCAACACACAUGCCAUGCUCGCCGUGCAAGCAACAGAGGAGGAGUUGGCGCAGUGUGUUGCUUCCGCGCGAGUCAAGGAUGGCGACAGCGACGGGCCAGCGUCCGCGUACAAGUAUGACUACGAGGUCGCAUGCAUCAACGCUCGCCGCAGCCUGACCAUUGCCGCGACGAGGCCCGCCACUGCGUCGAUCAAGGCCGCGCUCGAGGCCCAGGGCUACCGCGGGACAGAGCUCAAUCUGCCCUACGCAUUCCACUCGUUCCACAUGGACCCAAUUCUGCCGCAGUGGAGGGAGAUCACCCAGCAGGUGCCCCUCCGUCCGCUCAGCGUGCCUCUGCUCUCGCCGCUGCUGGCGCAUACCCUGCCGCAGCAUGCACAGCUGCCGCCCUCGUACCUGGCCGACGCGACGCGCGGCUCGGUGCGGUUCGCCGCGGCCCUAGAAAGAGCUCAGCAAGAGGCUCUGAUCGGGGCGCACACGGUCUUUGUCGAGGUUGGGAUCCAUCCGACAUACAGCGGCGCGGUCCGCGCGACUGUCAACACAGCUGACACUGACACUGCCACCGCUCCGACCAUCGUGUCUAGCCUGCGGUCCGACCAGGACAACUGGCACACGCUGGCGGGGAGCAUGGCGACUCUGUACGAGGCGGGCGUUUUGCUGGACUGGAACGAGUGGUUCAAGCCGUUCGAGCCGCAGCUCAGACUGCUGGAUCUGCCAGGGUAUGCGUGGCACCUGAAGAACUACUGGAUCCAGCAUAACGGGGACUGGCUGUUAUGGAAGGAUAAGGCGGUGGAAAAGGGUACGGAGACGUCGAUGUUCGCAGGGCUCUCAUUCCGCGCGCCACUUCUGCAUCGCAUGGUCGAGGAGACAUUCUGGGAUGCCGGGGGGCGCGUGGUCAUGGAGUCGGACGUCCAUAGUGACGAACUCGUUGCGCUGGCCGAGGGGCACAAGAUGUGUGGGCGGCCUGUGAUGUCGGUGUUCUCGUACCCAGACAUGGCACUCUCGCUAGCGAGAUACAUGCUCGCCAAAAUCACCAAUGCGUCCAACAAGGCCAACUCCGCCACCGCGGCCAUGAACUUCGGCAACGUCCGCAUUCUCGAGGGCUUACUUCCACGCAAGGACCGCUCGAGGGCCCAGCACCUGCGCAUCCACAUGGAGGCGACCAGUCCAGCGCACAUGGAGGUGUCAUUCCAGCGCGUCGCCCCCGGCGAGAGCGCAGGCACGACGCUGCUGGCAACAGGGACUGUCAGCACGGGCGACGCCUACAGCUGGCUAACCGAGUGGGCGAGGAUGGCGCAUCUCGUGCGCAGCCGCAUCGACGCCCUGCACGAGUUCGCGCAGCAAGGGCGCGCAGACCGGCUGACCGGCGAGACAGUGUACCGCCUGUUCAAGAGCAGCAUUGUCGACUACGCGGCUGCAUACCGCGGGAUCCAGGCGGCCGUUGUGUGCGGGACUGAAGCUGUAGCCGAGGUGGUGGUGUCGCCGGCUGAGAGCUGGUGGACCGCGCCGCCGCACCACGUCGACAGCAUCGCGCACGUCGCGGGGUUCGUGAUGAACGCUGGGGCUGGCCGUGCGCAGGGUAUUGACAUUGACAAUGUGAACACCGCGUAUGUGAUGGAGGGCUGGGGGUCCAUGCGCUUUGGCCGGGCGCUGGUCCCGGGCAGGCGGUACCGCUCGUAUGUGCGGAUGGCAGCGCGGACAGCAGACGACGCCGGUGCAGCGGGGCUCUUCUCCGGCGAUGUCUACGUGCUGGAUGUUGAUGACGACAGUACGAUCAUCGGGGUCGUUGGGGGCGUAACGCUGCGGCCGCUACCGAGGAUCCUGAUGCGCCGGUUCUUCGACCCGCCUGACGAGGUGGAGGACGUCCACAAGGAAAACAUGCCAACCGCCCGGAGUUCCCAAGCUAUCGCGUCUGGAGGCGCCCCCGACUCCAGCUCCAGCUCCGUCACCAGCUCCACUGCCAGUUCGUCCUCCAUCGUCACCAGCCCAACCCCGGACUCGGAUCCCUCCGCAUGCAAGCCCAACAGCAAAGCCAGCAAAGCACUGGCGCUGCUUGCAGCGGAAACAGGCAUACCCGUGGCCGAGCUCACGGACGAGACAUGCUUGGCCUCGAUGGGGAUCGACUCGCUGCUGUCGCUUGUGCUGGUGGAGAAGUUUGCGCUGGAGCUGGGGGUGCAUUUGCCGGCGAGCUUCUUCAUUGAGUUCCCUACGGUGCCUUCAAGUCUGAGGUCCAUCACCUACCUGCGCAAGUUGGCUACGACUACAAAGGAUAUGGCUCAUACAGAGCCCCCGAUAUCACGCUCGGCCCAGCGUCCAGUGCCCAGCUCCCCCAUCCCCCCCUCCAAGCUCUUAGCAGCUCUGCGCUGCAUUGCCAAAUGGAUUUCAAGUCAUGCCAGUAACGAGAAUGCCACCGCUCUUGCAUUUGGCGGCAAAGGGGGGGUCGUUGUGAACAACCUCGGGGACCGGGGCUUGUCUGGCACUGGCAGUCAUGCAGCUGGCCGGCUGGCAUUGCAAUCGUCCUGUCUCUUCACAUGCUUCAUGCCAUCCAGGAAGCCCUGGUCUGGCCCGCAUUGGGGUCGGAUCAUGGCUCGGGCUGAUUCGGAUGGUGCUUCGGACUGCUCGGACUGA